AUUCAUAUUCAUGAUUCAGAUAAAAUGUAUUUCUGCGCGACAACAAAAAUUACGUUUAAACAAUAAACUAAUCUGUAAUAUCCGGAAAAUGUAUGAAUAAUUAUAUUAAAUGCAUAAAGUAGUAUUUGAUCUUAUCUCAAUGUUGUUUUAGAGCUAUUUGGCAUUGACCAGACUAGCGAACUAUAUUUUCGGCCAUAUUUUGGUUUGCGCGUCUGAGUAAAGAGGUCGUCUGCGUUCGCGGAGGAUAAUCGGUGACUUUUCGAAAUUAUUUUCAUAUAGGGGCGAACGAUUUCGUUGUUUUACAAUUUGGAUUAGCCGAUGAGCUGGUAAGCAAAGAAAUAGCGUGUGUACUUUCGACUUUUUAGUGUCUUCUGUAUUGUCACUCUCUAAAGAUGGCUGCCAUCCUUGGCUCUCUUUUCCAAGUUUAUCCUGAUCGUUUUUAUAUAACUAACUCGUUAAGCCAGAGAAAUAAUUUUUCUAAAUGUAUUACAAAUCGCUCCGAUCUUUGUAUUUUAUAGUCUUUAGUAGCCUUCUUAUGUGUUUUUGUGCUCAAAUUAAAAGAAGAUUUCUGCUUAUCGGCUUUUAUGGACACUAUCGAUUCCUAUGUUGUAGGCCGCACCGAUUGUUUAAAGAGUUUGAUUACAUUUACGAAUCUCGAAGCGAAAAGCUCGACCGCCUCAGUGUCGCCGACGUAUCCGAUUUCACCUUCGUACUUUUUUUGUUUUUUUAAUUUGGUACUUAUUCCUUAACAGCCUAACGCUUUUUCAGAUCUCAACAACUGAAAAAAGAUGACCGAAGUGGAACAUCACUAUUCACCCAAGCAACCCUGGGAAAGUGCCACUAAUAAUGGUACGGAUAUCCAUGAAGAUUGGGAAAGCGGCAAUAACUCGGCCAAGUUGUUUGAACGAUCGAGAAUUAAAGCGCUAGCAGAGGAGAGACAAAAAGUCCAAAAGAAAACUUUUACAAAAUGGGUGAAUUCACAUUUGAAUCGUGUCGAAUGCAGAAUUCAGGAUUUAUAUAUCGAUAUGGCGGAUGGAAAAAUGUUAAUCAAAUUAUUAGAAGUACUCUCUGGCGAUCGUCUUCCAAGACCAACAAAGGGAACAAUGAGAAUUCAUUGUUUGGAGAACGUCGACAAAGCCCUAAUGUUUUUAAUGGAGCAACGCGUACAUUUGGAGAACGUUGGCGCUCAUGAUAUUGUUGAUUGUAAUCAGCGUUUAACGCUGGGCUUGAUAUGGACAAUUAUUUUAAGGUUUCAGAUUCAAGAUAUAUUUUUCGAGGCCGAAGACAACGAAAAGAAAUCGGCUAAAGAUGCCUUGUUGCUGUGGUGUCAGAUACAGACGAAGGGUUAUCCGAAUGUUAGUGUUAGGGAUUUUUCGCGAUCUUGGCGAGAUGGGCUGGCUUUUAACGCUAUCAUACAUAAACACCGACCUGAUCUGAUCGACUUUAAAAAUCUAAGGAAAUCAAAUGCUAUUCAAAAUUUGAACAAUGCUUUUCAAGUUGCAAGCGAAAAGUUAGACAUCGCCUCUUUACUUGACGCUGAAGAUGUUAACCAGGAAGUUCCAGAAGAGCGAUCGAUAAUGACCUAUGUUGCUUCCUAUUAUCAUGUUUUCAGCAAGAUGAAGCAAGACUCGGUUCAAGGAAGAAGAAUUGGUAAAGUUAUUGAUGGUAUUCGUGAGAAUGACAAUGAUAUCCAAGAGUACGAGAAUCUGACAUCUGAUCUACUCGAAUGGAUACGAAAUACAAUCACAGAAUUAAAUAAACGCGAAUUUAAAAACACUUUGGAAGGUGUACAAAAGCAAUUGUCUGACUUUAACGCUUAUAGAACAACAGAAAAACCACCAAAAUUUGUUGAGAAGGGAAAUCUUGAAAUCCUUUUAUUUACCAUUCAGAGUAGGCAGCGAGCUAACAACCAGAAACCGUACAUGCCUCGGGAAGAACGAAUGAUAUCUGAUAUAAAUAAGGCAUGGGAAGAAUUAGAGCGAGCAGAACACGAGCGUGAACUUAAGUUACGAGAAGAGUUGAUUAGACAAGAGAAGUUGGAACAAUUGGCAGCAAGAUUCGAUCGUAAAGCCGGUUUAAGAGAGGAUUGGUUGAAUGAAAAUCAACGUUUGGUUUCACAAGAUAACUUCGGUCAAGAUUUAGCAGCAGUCGAAGCUGCAACUAAAAAACACGAAGCUAUUGAAACUGAUAUCAAUGCAUAUAACGAAAGAGUUCAAGCGGUCAUUCACGUCGCUGAUGAAUUGCAAAGCGAAAAUUAUCAUGAUAUAGACAGGAUCAUAGCCAGAAAAGAAAAUGUACAGACUCUGUGGGAGUAUUUACUGGAAUUACUUCAAGCAAGACGACAACGUCUCGACCUGACUCUGAAAUUGUAUAAAAUAUUUCAAGAAAUGCUUUAUGUAUUGGACUGGAUGGAUGAAAUUACUGCAAGGUUGCAUUCUGAGGAUUACGGUAAACAUUUAAUGGGAGUACGCGACUUAAUUCAGAAGCACGAGUUGUUGGAAGCCGAUAUCACCGUCGUGGGAGCUAGGGUUCGAACAAUAAACUCAUCUGCUAAUUAUUUUGUUGAUGGAGAAUUUCCACAAGAGGUCGGUGAUUAUCGCCCUGUCGACCGAAAUGUUGUUGCUGAUAGAAUGAGAUAUUUAGAGCAAAGAUACGCCGAAUUGCUACAAUUAGCAAGAGGAAGAAGGUCAAUGUUGGGUGAGAGUGAACGUCUAUGGCAAUUCCAAUGGGAUAUCACAGAUGAAACCAGCUGGAUUACUGAAAAAUAUCAAUUGAUGUCUGCCGAAAUACCUGAAGAAUUAAAUUUGACGGCUGCCCUUCUACUAAAAAAUAAACAUAAGAUGGAGGAAGAUGAAGUGCACGCGCAUCACGCUCAUAAAAUAUCCCUUCUAGAUUCUAUAGAGGCAGUAGUUAAUGAAAUUGAAACGGCAAAUGAAAAUGAGUUGUCAGCGAGACGAGGUCAUGUUGAUGGAAUACUAGAAGGUGGACAAAAAUUGAUAGAUGCUAACAACCUUGGAACUGAUAUAAUCAGAAAUCGUAUUCAAUAUGUUAACGAAGAAUGGGAUGAUCUAGUCAAAUUAGCUGAUACUAAGCGACAGCGUUUGGACGAAGUUGUACAAUUAAAUCAAUUCGCAUCCGACGCUGAAGAUGUUAAUCUUAUGCUUGUUGAAAUGUUGCGAAAGCUCAACUCUGAUGAUGUUGGCAGAGAUGAAACAUCAGCUAUGUCUCUUUUGAAGAAGCAUAACGCUGACAAGGAAGAGCUUUUGAACUACAGUGAAGUAAUCAAGGCUUUACAUCAACAACGGGAGCAACUCUCCGAAAAAGAUAGAGACUUACCACAAGUAGGUGAUAGCUUGAGAACUGUCGACAACCGCUACAAGGAACUAAUCGAUCUUGCGGAUGAACGAACCCAGAAAUUAAAUGACGCUCUUGCUUUGUAUCAACUUUACAAUGAAGCAGAUAUUGUAGAACAAUGGAUAAUAGAAAAAACUAAACUACUUAGCACUAUGGAUAUUAAGCCAAGUGAAAUGGAGGAAGUAGAGAUUAUCGGAGCUCGGUUCGUGAUUUUCGAUCAAGAACUUUCAACUGCUCGAGAAAAGGUCGAUCAUGUUAAUGAACUCGCUCAACAGCUUCUCAAUAACAAACAUCCAAACGUCGAAGAAGUUGAAAAGAGAAGAAAUGAAGUUAGCGAGAUGUUGAGUGAACUAGAGAAAAUUGCUAACGAGAAAAGAAAACAACUUUCUGGAAUUCAGAGCAAAACUACAUGGCAAAUCGAAUGCACAGAAACUAUCACUUGGAUUAAAGAGAAGACCAAAGUUAUUGAAUCGACAGAUGAAUUAACUAGUGAUUUAGCUGGUAUCAUGCAGUUGCAAAGACGUCUUGGUGGUCUGGAAAAUGACUUGACUGCCAUUAACGCCAGACUGGUUCAAUUAGAACACGAUGCCGACCAAUUGGAAGAGGAUAAUCCCGAAGAAGCUGAAUUGAUAAGGGCGAAGAUUGAUGAAGUCAAAGCACUUUGGCAAAACCUGAACGAGAAUAUGCAAAAGAGGGAUGAGCAACUAAGCGCAGCAAGCGAACAACGUAAGUUCUUGGGUGACUUGGACUCCUUCCAACAAUGGCAGGAUAAAACUCAAGCUCGUAUCGCAAGAGAAGACUUCCCUGUUGAUGUUGCUGAUGCUGAACGUUCAUUAGCUAGUCACAGCGAAGUUAAUGAUGACAUUGAAGCACAUGCUGAAGAACAUGAACGUCUCGUUGAAUAUGGUAAAAGUAUGGUGGCAGAUAUGGAUGAUGAUCCACAAUACGUCAUGCUAAAGGAUAGACUUCAAGGAAUAGAUGAAGACUGGGAAAAUCUUAGAAGAUCGUGGAAAUCUAAACAAAACAAGUUAACUCAAAACCUCAAUUAUCAAUUUUUCCUUCGAGAUGCCAAGCAGGCGGACUUACUUUUGAGCCAACAAGACAACUUUUUGUCGAGAGAAGACGUACCGACGUCUCUUACUGCUGCGGAGAAUCUAAUCAAGAAAUUAGAACAGUUUAUAGCAACCCUGGAUGCAAAUGACGAACGAAUCAAUCAAGUUUUACACGAGGCCCAACGCCUUCAAGAUGAGAAUCAUUACGCUUCUGAACUUAUUAAAACUAAAGCUGAUAGUAUUGAUGACCGUCGUCAAGCGAAUAGACAAAGAGCUAAUGAAAAAUUAUUGAAAUUGAAAUCACAAUUAGACCUUCAAUUACAUCUUCAGGAAUUCGACGAACUAGAAGAAUGGAUAGAAGAGAAGAAAACAGAAAUGGAUGAAGGAGAGCUACCUAGUGUCAAGGAUCGCAAGAUUAUACACACAAAAUUUGUAAAGCACGAAACUCAUAUCGCCGAAAUAAGAACACACAAAACUUUCUUGGCAAAACUUAUUGCGGACACGGAAGCUUUGAUAGAGGAGAAGCCCGAAACUUCUGAAACUCUUCAACCUCGUCUAGACGAUCUUAAACAAAAGUGGGAAGAUUUGGAAAAUGGUGCCGAGGAGAAACGAGAAGUGCUGCUUAGAGCUCAAGGUCCUGCUGCUGUAGAAGAUACCUGCGAUGAUGUAGAUGCUUGGAUCACUAAUCUCGAAUGUCAAAUGGAAUCUGAGCUAGUUCCUGAAGCACCCCUAACGCUCAAUUUGCUUAUUCAAAAGCAAAACAUACUCGAAAGCGAACUUCAACUUAAGCAACAACAAGUCGACCAAUUACAAGCAAUGCAAGCUCCUCUUGAACAGUGUGAACCAGAUGAACGUGACCGAAUCGAUAAAAAGAGAGCUCAAGUUCAGGAACGUUUCUUGAAGCUCAUGGACCCUUUGAAAGAGCGAGAAAAACGAAUUGAUAAAGAAAAGCGAAAGAGGCAAUUCCUUCGUGAUAUUGAAGAUGAGAAACAGUGGAUAUUGGAACGCUCACCGCUGGCUAAUAGUGCGGAUGUAGGAAAUUCUUUGCAGUCUGUCCAAAUGCUAGAACGCAAAAAUCAAUCAUUACAGAAUGACAUUGAUUCUCACCAUCCUCAUAUGAAAUCAGUCUGUGAAAUUGGUCAUAUGUUAAUUGACGAAAUGCCGGAAGGAGAUUCUCAACGUGAACUAUUUGCAUCCAAUAUUGAUGAAGUUCAAGCUUUGUGGGAAGACCUAGAGAAAGACGUUGAAGGACGAAAGGGUCGAUUAUCGAAAUCUGAAGUUGCACAACAAUAUCUUUUCGAUGCUGCCGAAGCUGAAACUUGGAUGUCUGAGCAGGAAUUAAUUAUGAUGUCUGAAGAUAAGGCUCAUGACGAAUUUGCUGCUGAGAAUAUGCUUAAAAAGCACGACAAUGUUGUCGAGAUAAUUGAAGAGUUCGCCGGAACAGUGCGAAGUCUGGGUGAAAGAGCUCGAGAAUUAAUUGAAGAUGAACAUCCAGAUUCUGAAAUUGUCGGUCUCCGUCAAAGUCAAGUUGAUAAACUGUACGCUUCAUUGAAAGAUUUAUGUGGUGACAGAAGAGAAAGAUUAGAUGGCACCUUGAAACUUUAUAUGUUGCAAAGAGAAAUUGAUGAUCUUUUACAAUGGAUACACGAAAGAGAAUUGGUUGCAAAGUCAAAGGAGCAGGGACACGACUUGGAGCAUGUGACUAUGAUGAUAAAUAGAUUCCGUGACUUUGCUAGAGAUACCGAGCAUGUAGGACAGGAAAGAGUAGCGGAAGCAUGUGAUACAUGUGAUGCAUUGAUCAAUGCUGGCCACCACGAUGCACCUAAAAUAGCCGAAUACAAAGAUAACGUCAAUGAAGCUUGGGGUGAUCUUAUUGAGCUCAUUGAUACCAGAAGCCAGGAACUCAAAGCAUCCCUUGCUAGACAUAAGUUCCUUCAUGAUUGCUCUGAUACUCUUGAGAGAAUUAAUGAAAAGAAGGCCGAAAUGUCAGAUGAACUUGGAAGAGAUGCAAAGACUGUUGCUUCUUUGCAGAGACGCCACCAAACUUUCGAGAAUGAUCUUAUUUCGUUGGGCACCCAAGUUCAUCAGAUACAAGAAGAUGCGGCAAAAUUAGUUGUAUCAUAUAGUGGUGAUCCCGCUCAGGAGUUGAAAAAUAAAGAAAAAGAAGUAUUAGACGCCUGGAAUUCUAUACAAGAGUCAGCCGCCAAGCGAAAGAUGCAAUUAGCUGAUGCUUCUGAUUUGUACAGAUUCUUUAACUUGGUUCGUGAUCUACUCUUGUGGACUGAAGAUAUGAUAAGGCAAAUGAAGAGCGAAGAAAAACCAAGAGAUGUUUCGGGUGUCGAACUUCUGAUGAAUAAUCAUCAGAGCUUGAAAGUCGAAAUUGAAGCUCGUGACGAAAAUUUUUCGAUUUGUGUCAACUUGGGAAAAGAUUUAGUUGCUAGAAGACAUCCUCGUACCGGUGAUGUCCGAGACCGUUUGACUGAAUUAGCUGAAAGCCGAGGAACCAUGAUGGAUACUUGGGAAGGACGAUGGGAACACUUACAACUUAUGUUGGAAGUUUAUCAAUUUGCAAGAGAUGCUACAGUCGCAGAGCAAUGGAUCGCAUCACACGAGCCUUAUGUACAAUCGUUAGAUACAGGCAACACUCUAGCCUCUGUUGAAGCUAUGAUCAAGAAGCAUGAAGCCUUUGAAAAAUCAGCUGCAACUCAAGAUGAACGCUUCCUUUGUCUGAAAAAUUUAACCACUUUCGAAGUUAACGAAGCCGAAAAAGAGAAUUUCAAACGAUCCCAUCCCGAUCAGGAUUACCCACAGAAAACGUCUUCAAAGGAAAAGUAUUUGAAGGAAUUCGUCCCCCCUCUGCCCACACCGUCACCGAAACCAGCAGCGAUGAAAAAACCACACGAAGAAACAGUUUCGUCUCCUACCUCCGGAGCAAUAGUUUCACCCGGAGCGGGAUCUUCACAGCAAGAAGCUGCUGCCCGUCCAUCCGAAGGACCUCGACCAGCUUCAAAUAGAGAAGUAACUUUACCGAAAAGUAGCCCGGAAAAAGCUGAGCCCGAUUUCUUACUUACAUCAGACGUCGUAGACAUUGCUGCGAAGAGAAGACCAACCAGUGAACCUUAUCCAACAAAGACUAGCAUUGAAGCCCGUCGAAAGCUGCAUCAGUCUAUGCCUGCGCAAGGAGAAGAAGUUAGCGGAAUGCUACAAAGAAAACAUGAAUGGGAAUCGCAGUCCAAGAAAUCUACGAACAGGUCUUGGGAAAAAUUAUACUGUGUCCUCACAAGCAACAGCCUCAGAUGUUUCAAAGAUGCAAAACACAGCAAAUUAAGAGAUGAAUUGCCAUUAGCGGGAGUAAAUGCUGGUGUGGCUGGUGAUUAUCAUAAAAAGCCACACGUCUUCCGCCUUCGUUUCCCAACUGGCGCCCACUAUAUCUUUCAUUGUAAAGACGAUAAUGAGAGAGAUUCGUGGAUCAAUAGAAUAAACGCAGUGUCCGGUUCGACAUCAACACCAACCAGGACGCAAACCCUUCCAGCUUCGGGUAGUGCGGAGAAAGAAAGUAAGAAGAAGCUAUUCUCUCUCGGUCGCAAGAAGUAA